ACCAAUAGCAGCAUUUUGGGGCCUUUCGUCGAAUCGAAGAAUAUGGCCGACAUUUUGAUAUUGCUGUCAUGAAGAUUUUUCAGUGACAUAAAAUUAUAACUUUCUAGUUCUUCAUGCACGGUUUUAUGUUCCGGGAACGUUUUGUUUUUUAUUGAAUAGACUGUGUUUAGUGUAAGCUAUUUUGUUAUAUAAAAAUGGCAGCUGAUCGUGAGAUUGCUGCCGAAGACAGCAUUCGAGUUGUCUGCCGAUUUCGGCCACUGAAUGACUCCGAAGAAAAAGCUGGUUCUAAAUUUAUUGUGAAAUUUCCUUCAGGACCUGACGAUAAUUGCAUUUCAAUAGGGGGUAAAGUAUAUUUGUUUGACAAAGUUUUCAAACCAAACGCUACUCAAGAAAAAGUUUACAAUGAGGCUGCCAAGAGUAUUGUUACGGAUGUAUUGGCUGGAUAUAACGGUACCAUAUUUGCCUAUGGACAGACCAGUUCCGGAAAGACACAUACCAUGGAAGGUGUCAUAGGAGAUCCAGGGAAACAGGGUAUUAUUCCACGGAUAGUGAAUGAUAUAUUCAACCACAUCUACGCUAUGGAAGAGAAUCUGGAGUUUCACAUAAAAGUGUCCUAUUUUGAAAUUUACAUGGACAAAAUUAGGGACCUACUAGAUGUGUCGAAAGUAAACCUCAGUGUUCAUGAAGACAAAAACAGAGUUCCAUUUGUAAAAGGUGCUACUGAAAGAUUUGUGUCAAGUCCUGAAGAAGUAUUUGAAGUUAUAGAAGAAGGAAAAUCAAACAGACAUAUUGCUGUGACAAACAUGAAUGAACACUCAUCUAGAUCUCAUUCUGUCUUCCUAAUUAAUGUAAAGCAGGAAAACUUGGAAAAUCAAAAGAAACUAUCUGGAAAGUUAUAUCUUGUGGAUUUGGCUGGUUCAGAAAAAGUAUCUAAGACUGGUGCUGAAGGUACUGUACUGGAUGAAGCUAAGAACAUCAACAAGUCACUGUCGGCCUUGGGUAAUGUCAUCUCGGCUUUAGCAGAUGGAAACAAAUCACACAUCCCAUACAGAGAUUCCAAACUGACCCGUAUCUUACAAGAAUCUCUUGGUGGCAAUGCUAGGACUACUAUUGUCAUCUGCUGCUCACCAGCUUCCUUCAACGAGAGUGAAACUAAGAGUACCCUUGAUUUUGGUAAACGUGCGAAAACCGUCAAGAACGUUGUAUGUGUCAAUGAGGAGCUCACUGCAGAGGAAUGGAAACGGCGCUACGAGAGAGAAAAGGAGAAAGUUGGCAGGCUCAAAGGAAAGGUGGAGAAGUUGGAGUUGGAGCUCAGCCGCUGGCGCUCCGGCGAGACAGUGCGGCCCGAGGAGCAGGUCAACCUGCAGGAGCUUGAGGCCGUCACCCCCGUCACCUCCUUCAUCGAGGAGAAGCCGCCCGUACCGCCGGUGCCAGUGGCGGUGUCGAGCGUGGUGGAGGACGCGGCGAUGCAGAGCAAGCUGGAGGCGUUGUACCAACAGCUCGACGACAAGGACGAGGAGAUCAACCAGCACUCGCAGCUGAUCGAGAAGCUCAAGGAACAGAUGAUGGAGCAGGAAGAACUCAUUGCUUGCACCAGGCGCGACUACGAAGCCCUGCAAGGUGACAUGAACCGUAUCCAGCAAGAAAACGAGGCUGCGAAGGAGGAGGUGAAGGAAGUGCUUCAGGCGCUGGAGGAGCUCGCCGUCAACUACGACCAGAAGUCGCAGGAGGUCGACAGCAAGAGCCGCGAGUGCGACCAGAUGUCCGAGGAGUUGCAGACUAAGCAGAGCGCGCUGGCAACGGCAACAGCCGAGCUACAGCAGCUACGCGACAUGUCGGCUCACCAACGCAAGCGUAUCGCCGAGCUGUUGAGCAACUUGCUGCGCGACUUGGCGGAGAUCGGCGCGGCCGUCGGAGGCUCGGAACUCGACCUGAAGCUCAACGUCGACACGGUCGGCAAGCUCGAGGAGGAGUUUACAGUCGCUCGUUUACACAUUAGCAAGAUGAAGAGCGAAGUCAAGAACAUCGUACAGCGCUGCCACUCUCUUGAAACCGCCAACAUUGACGCUAAUCAGAAGAUCGAGGAAUACGAGCGUUCGCUGGGCGAAUGCCGUCUGCUGAUCUCGCAGCACGAGGCGCGCUGUGCCUCGCUGGCCGAGUCCAUGCGCGAGGCCGAGAACAAGAAGCGACAGCUCGAGGAGGCCGCCGACGCCUUGCGUGAAGAGUGCGCGCGUCUGCAGGCGGCGGAGCGCGUACAGAUGGCUGCGGUGGAGGACUCGGCGGUCCGCGGCGCGCUGGAGGCGCAGCUGGAGCAGCUGCGCGCCGCGCACAGCACGCAGCUCGCCGCGCUGCGCGACGAGCUCGCCGCCAACCAGCGGCAGCUGCAGGAGCUCAAGGAUUCAUACCAAGAACUGACCCUGGCUCGCCAGCAACUGCAAGACGACUACGAGAAACUGAAACGCGAGGAGUCGGACAAGUCCGCCAAACUGAAGGAACUCAUCCAAAGCGUGGAGCGGCGUGAGCAAGCCCGCGCCGAUCUCAAGGGUUUGGAGGACACCGUGGCCAAGGAGCUGCAGACCCUGCACAACCUGCGCAAACUGUUCGUACAGGACCUGCAGGCUAGGAUAAAGAAGUCGACCAACUCGGAAGAAGGCGCGGAGGAGGAGGGCGGAUCGUUGGCCCAGAAGCAGAAGAUCUCAUUCCUGGAGAACAACCUGGAGCAGCUGACGAAGGUGCACAAGCAGCUGGUGCGCGACAACGCGGACCUGCGCUGCGAGCUGCCUAAGCUGGAGAAGCGGCUGCGCGCCACCAUGGAGCGCGUCAAGGCGCUCGAGACCGCGCUCAAAGAAGCCAAGGAGGGUGCCAUGCGCGACCGCAAGAGAUACCAGUUCGAAGUGGACAGGAUCAAGGAGGCGGUCCGCGCGAAGAAUCUCGCCCGAAGAGGCCCGCAGGCGCAAAUCGCGAAACCAAUCCGCGCGGGCGGCGGGCACCUGGCGGGCGGCGGCGCGCCCGGCGUGGUGCGGCCCGCGCCGGCGCAGGACGUGCAGCGCAAGUCCAUCAUCGUCGGCGCCAGGAACGAGAGUUGAAGAGGCAGCCGUGACAUCAUAGAGAAUUUAAAUGAAACUUCAUAGACGUACCUAACAGGGCGGCGAACAUCAUUCUUGAGAAAUAUACCCAUUAUUAUAACUAUGUGUUUACGAAAAAGCCUAAUAUAAGCUGCAACAAAAAUAAUGAAAAAAUAUCGUAGUACUCUUAGGCUUAAUCUUUCGAGCUAUCUAAUGUUAAUGUCAAUAAGUGCACAUGGAUUUAGAACGGUAAUAGCUUUUCGCUAAUUAUAGAUCAAGGUUUCAUAUAAAUUCGAUGUCGGUUAUCGUUAGGUACCCAUGUAUUAAGUAUUAUAUAAUACGAGCAGGCCCAAAGCUUUGACGGUCUUAAAGUUGCUAUUUUAUGAUAGAUCAGAUGAAACAAUAUUUUUAUGAAAUGACAAAAGUAUUAAUUUAGUUUCUCUAUUUAAAUGCUUUCUGUGCUAGUAACAAAUAAAUAUAACUAUCCUCUGGGAAGAAAUGUGG